AUGAGUGAUCCAAUAAAUGCUAAUCCUACAAUAAUAGACAUUUCAAAUUUACCUUCUAGAAUAAAUAAUGAUAAAGAAUUAGAUAAGAAUAAACAACUAAUCAAUAAAAUUACAUCAUUGUCUUUAAUAUCAAAUGAAAAUCCAGAAUUAAUAGAUGAUUCAACAUCAGAAGAAAGUGAAGAAGAUGAGGAAGAAGAUCCAAUAGAUGAACAAGAAAUAUUUGAUCUUAUUUCAAGUAUAUCUGAUCCUGAACAUCCUUUAACUUUAGCUCAACUUGCCGUGGUAAAUUUAUCAGAUAUUGAAUUAAAACAAGUUGGUAUUUUAACUGAAGUACUCAUAAAGAUCACACCAACUAUAACUCAUUGUUCAUUAGCGACACUUAUUGGCUUGGGUAUUAGAGUCAGAUUGGAAAGAAGUUUACCUGCUAGAUUUAGAAUUAAAAUUUUAAUUAAAGAAGGUACUCAUCAAUCAGAAAAUCAAGUUAAUAAACAAUUAAAUGAUAAGGAAAGAGUUGCUGCUGCUUGUGAAAAUGAGCAAUUAUUGAGUGUUAUUUCUCAAAUGUUGAGCACUUGUAAAUAA